AUGCGGCUCAACAACCAUGCAGUAAAGAACUGGUCCAAGAAGUGGGUUGAAAAAUGCCAGAGGCCAGAUCUCAAAGACAAAUCACCGGACCAGUUGUACAGAUACUACAGACUUUGUGGGAAACAUUUUGAACCAUCUUUGAUUCAAAGUGAGACUCAGAGUGCAGUGUUGAAGGAUGACGCCAUACCAACAAUCUUUGAUGCGCCAAGCCAACUUCAGAAUGUGCAGGUGAAGCGCAGUAAAGAGACGACCAAAGAUGACGAAACAGAGAGUACGGGGAGAAAAAAAAUCAAAAAGUCUCAAGCAGAGACAGCUAAGGACGAUGUACAGCCACUCUCAGAGGAAGAGGAGUACAAAGAGUAUCUUAAGUCAUUAUUUGAAGUUCUUAUACUGUUGGGAGAGCAGAGCAUUCCUCCAACUGGGCCUGGUGAUAAGAAGGACGGCCUCGGAUCAACAAACUUUCAGGCAAUGCUAGAAUAUCGCAUGAAUUGUGGCGAUGAUGUCCUCAUUAAGAGGUACGAUGUGAAUAAGAAGUGCUUUUCCUCAGGUCAGCUCAAUCAGUUGAUUGAAGUGUUUGAGAAAUACGUACAGAGUAAGCUGGUGGAAGAGGUUAAGGAAAAUGGCUUCUUCUCAUUGCUUACUGAUGACUUGGUGAACAUCUCAGGGGAAUGGUACCUCCCCGUCUUUCUACGUUUUGUGGAUCAGUCUAACUGCCAGCGGGAGAGGUUUGUUGGAUUCUUGUCCUUUGAAGGAGACGAAGAUGCCUUAGCAGAGAAACUGCUGUCUGAAAUGACUGACAAAUGGGGCUUGGAUAUGGGACAGUGUAGAGGUCAAGCCCACUCCUGCUCCGGGACACAUUUUAGCAAAAUAAAAACGUUUGCUGCCAAGUUGAUGGAGAAGUACCCGAAGGCAGUGCUUGCAAUAAGAUCCACUCGUACAUUCAAUGUGUCACUGGCGAAUGGUAUGGCUUUGUCCGGGGUUCAGCUUGUCAUGUCAACCUUGAAGAAGAUUGAGUCAUUCUUCAGUCAGUCCACUUUGCUGCAAUUGGAGUUGGAGCACGCCAUUUCAAUUUUCUACCCAGACAAAGAGGAGAAGGCCAAGGAACUGAAAGAGAUCUGUCAAUCUGGCUGGACCAGACGACAUGAUGUGUUUGAUGUGGCAGUGGACAUUUUAGAGGCGUUACUACUCUGUGUGGAUAGCGUGCACGACAACGAAGACAUGAGGUGGAAUGACCAAGUCACUCACAACGCCUUAGAGAUUUCAAAAGCACUGGCUGAUUUCGAGUUUGUCAUGGCGUUGAUCGUCCUGAAAAACACGAUGAUACUGACACGAGCGUUUGGGAAGAACGUGCAGGGGACAGCUGCCGAUGCCCACUUUGCUUCAACCAGUUUAAAAGCUUUGUUGCACUCCCUGAAGGAAGUGUCUGACAACAUCGACGUGUAUCACGAGUUCUGGAACGACGAGGCCGUUAACCUCGCCACUGCGAUGGAAAUCCCAGUUGAGGUCCCUCGCUCAUUCUUGAGGAAGAAUCAUGUCGACUCUGGAGCCAUUCGGCCGGAGAGUUACUACAAGGAGCACCUGUCCAUUCCCAUUGCGAACCAUAUCAUUAAAGAAAUGAACGAACUCUUCUGCGAGGACCACCUGAAGGCUCUGAGAUGUCUGUCACUGGUACCUGCUGUCAUAGAGCAGCAUAGGUCUACUGAACCCGAGGAAGAGUGUGUGCAAGUGUUUAAAGAUGACAUCCCUAAUGCAGGAUCGCUCUCUGCCGAGCUGCACUGCUGGUGGGUCAAAUGGAGCAAAAAGGGCAAAGGCGAGACUUUUGCGUCGAGUCUCCACGAAACACUUCAGCUGGCCGACGUGAAGUUUUUCCCAAACAUGCUCGCGGUUCUCAGGCUGAUCGGCGUCCUGCCUACCUUGGCUCUGGAGGACGGCUGUGAUGUGGCAUACAAGCGCUUCCAGAUGUACAUGGCGAACACGCCAGACAAAUUCAAAUCAAAGAGUCUUGCUCUCUUGAACGUAAACUAUGAUGUUGGGUACAAUCUGGAUGCCAUCGUAGACGUCUACAUGAAGACAUACCCGGACAGGGAGGAGACAUCUUAGUGUGUUGUGAUGUGGUAGCUGCUGGACCGAUGAUCCACAGCUUUGUAAAUAAGUCAUGCAAACAUCCUUUUUGUUUAGUAAUUUUUCUAUCCAGCCUUCAUACUGAAGGAAUAUCUUCUCUGCAUUGUGUUUCAAUCUUUUUCAUUACAUUCAUUAUGUUCUUACCGUUUGUCUUUCAUGCUGUUUUCAUGUUCUGUUUUGGGGAGCGAGUAUUGACCACUGUAAACUUUUCAGGGUGGGUGUGAGUCCUGAUUCCAGUUAUAUGAUAUAAGUAUUAGGUUAAUGCUCCCGUUAGACUUGUUAAAGUGUGUCACCCAAUCUUCUGCUGAAUAUGUUAAUAAAGAAUCAGAGGUGUUUCAUAA